GAUAGUUUAGAUAACUUCUCAAACUUGAUUUUGAAACAUAUCAGAGAAAACUGAUUUUUGAAGUAUUGUCAUAAAGCUGAGUUGCAGAGUGCAGAGCUCCGAGCUGAUAUGAAAUACUUUUGGUUUGCGGCACUUGUUGCCGUAAGCAUAGCAGACAGUGUUUGGGCGCUGGAUGAUUGCUUUGGAAAUUCCUCCGCGGCUAUCUCGACUGAUGAGUUCAACACUCUUCUUCAGGACUGGUCGCGUGAGUUGUUUGUGGAGCCGGAGAGUGAGCGUCGCUUUGCCUCCUGUGUGGCCUACAGCACCUCCCACUACCGCACCUUCGACGGCCUCUUCUACACGUUCGAGGGCCAGUGCACCUACUCCCUCCUCACCACUCCCGGUCUGGCUAUCGAGAUAGACAACUCACAGUGCGACGAACAGAACUGCAACAGGAAAGUGUACAUCACUUUGCAAGGGGGCACCUUCUACCAGUACAGAAUAGAGACCAACUACACCCACGCAGAGAUCAAGACGCCCGCAACAUCACUGCUUCCGGCGCAGCUGUUGAGUCUGGACUUGACUAACACUGCCUCUGCCUCUCUCCCCGGAAUUGGCGCUGACCCCAGCCGACACUCGCUUUCCGUGGCAGGUGACAAUGUAUACAUCAAACUGGGAGAUGCCAGAGUCAAACUGGGACCGGACGGAACAGUGGUGGUGACAUUGGAGACUGAGGCUUAUUUCAACGACCAGAGUGUGAGAGGCAUGUGUGGCUCGUUCGACGACAACCGAGAGAACGACUUCAAGAACAACGAGGACGAGUAUGUCGCACAUGCAGCCGCAUUCGCCAACUCAUGGAAGAUCACAGACUACGAGACUGUGCCCGGCACUUGCAAGGACGCGGAAGAGUCUGUGCACCCGUGUAUGGGGGUGUCUGAUGAACAGAGAGGAGGCGCAGUGCAGACUUGUUCGGCCAUGCAGCACGGAACAUUCGAGCCGUACAAGGACGACUAUGGAGUGGAGAUGUACAAGUUGGACUGUGUGUAUGACUACUGCAAGGCCCUGCAGACUAAGUUGGACGAGUGUGUGGCAGUCUGUGACUCAUUCAUGAUGUUCGCCGAGCAGUGCAAUGCCAGACCAGACGGACCCCUGGUCGAGUGGAGGUCAGAGGAUUUCUGUCCCAAAACGUGUCCCAACCCAAACAUGGAGUAUUUGGAGUGUGGUCCCUCCUGUUGCCACACGUGCAACUUCGCCGGCAGACCCCUCGAUGACUCAUGCUACGAAGAGUGCACUCCCGGCUGCUUCUGCAAGGAGGGCUUCUUCAUGGGCGAGAACAUGGAGUGUGUGGAGAGACAGACCUGUCCCUGUGUCCACAAUGACGUCGAAUACGACUAUGGACAGAAGAUUAAUGUUGAUGACUGCAAUGACUGCACUUGUGACGGAGGUCAGUGGAACUGCACAGACUACAAGUGUGAUGGGGAGUGUCACGUGACUGGACAUGGCCAUUUCAGGACAUUCGAUGGAGUCCACUACUUGUUCCCAGAGAACUGCGAGUAUAUCCUCGCUGAGACGAUGGACUCUCCCGUGCAGGCGAACAAAGACUUCAUAGUGAGAAUGAAGAGUAUAGAUUGUGUGAGUGGCCACCAGGGCUGUGCCAAACAGAUCUCCAUCAAGAUCAAGGGCGAACAGAGGGGACAGCAGAGCAUCAUCCUCACCCCUGACACAGUCACUAUUGAUGACGUCCUGCUCACCGGAACCUCGAAGACGACUGACGGAGUGACAGUGGCUGAGAUGACAACCAACUACGUGGGAGUGUUCAAACCAGGAUUCGCUCUGCACUACAACAGACACGACUCUCGCAUAGCUCUCAAACUAGCCCCCAAUGUGUACAGUCAAGACGUACAUGGUCUCUGCGGCUAUUAUGACUAUAACCCCUCGAAUGACAUGAGGACGAGGAACAAUGUGGUGGAGGGGGACAUCCUCACUUUCGCCCACUCCUGGAUCUCAACUGCAGCUGCUGCCUCGUGCACCCAAAUGAAUGCCAUACACGCCGACAUGUGUUCCACAUACGCGUCAACCCGACGAGUCAAAGCCGAAGCAUACUGUGAGUUCCUCGAAACGGGCGACUCAUUCGCCGAGUGUCGAAAGAUCAUCUCGCCUGAGCCCUACAAAAAGCAGUGCAUGUACGACAUCUGUGCCGCCAACCCCACUAAUGUCAUCACAUCAUGCAGUGCCAUGGCCGCCUAUGCAGAUGCAUGUCAUCGCUAUUUGAACGAGAGUGGCCUCGCGUUGCUGGAUGGGUGGACUGCGGAGGUCGAGACUGCGGAAAUUACCGCUUGUUACCCCUCGUGUCCCGUUGGCUCUCAGUACACAGAAUGUGCUCCUGCAUGUGGACUCUCCUGUCAGGAUGUCUCCAUCGCCUCACUAGAGAGACAGACCUGUGCCUCCAAGUGCAUGUCUGGCUGUGGGUGUGGACAAGGCAUGCUGUAUGAUGAGCAGACUGAGACAUGUAUCCAGGCAGAUAGUUGUCCCUGCGAUUUCCCUGCUCAUUCUGGCUCAUAUUCGGAGGGCGAGUCACACACCGAGGGAUGUCUCAACUGCACCUGUUCGUCUGGUACUUGGAAGUGUGAGGUGGAAGAUAUGUGUGACAAGAGCUGUCCCAAUGGACUAGUGUUCAAGGAGGAUGUGCCCCCCUGCAUCCCCACUUGCGAGACUCACUUCGCUGAAGUACCCGAGGAGUGCCCCUACGGAUCAAUCGCUGGACUGUGCACAUGUCCCGCUGGGAAGGUGCUAAAGGACGAGACAGACAACCACUGCAUCUCCCCCAACAAGUGUCCGUGCCAACAUGGGGGCAGAUGGUACGACGCAGGAGAGCAGAUUGCCCAGGACUGCAACACCUGCACAUGCACGGGUCGAUACUGGAGUUGCACUGAGUUCCCAUGUCACUCUACCUGUUCUGCGACUGGCAGUGCCCACUACCGGACAUUCGACGGGGAGGCCUACCAGUUCCACGGGGACUGCAGCUACAUCCUAGUUGAAGACACAGUCGACAACCGAUUCAAAGUCGAGGCCAAGAAUGUACCAUGUGGCUCGAACAACAUCGCCUGCACCAAAGAGGUCAAGAUCUAUCUGAAUACUACAGUGAUUACUCUGUUGAGAGGCAACGACGUCGAAGUGAAUGCACGAAGGGUUGGGAAGGAUAACUUGGGGGGACUGUACGAGCCCCGGAUGGGUAUCCGGAUAGACGAGCCAGGGGCGUUCACUGUGGUCAAGGUGGACAGGCCAGAUGGGAGUAACUUCAGUGUCGCCUGGGAUGGAGUCAUGUCCGUGUAUGUGAGACUGCACCCCACCCUCAGUGGCCAGGUGGCUGGUCUGUGUGGGAACUACAAUGGGGACUCGGGGGAUGACUUCCGCAGCUCCGUCAAUGUGAUCGAGACCAACCCCGAGAACUUUGCCGACAGCUGGAAGACAGAUGGCAACUGUGUCAAGAGGACAAACCUGCAGCUGAAUGAGCACGACAGCGUUCGAUCUUCUUGGGCUGAGAAGCAGUGUGGGAAACUACAUGACGACGACAUCUUCGGCCAGUGCCACGAGAAGAUCAACCCCGACUCCUACUACGACGAGUGUGUGGCCGACUCCGUGUUCUGCGACCAGGGAGGGGACUGCGAGUGCAUGUGUACGGCCAUCGCACGCUACGCCAGACAGUGCUGCAACGAACACAACAUAUGUGCAUCCUGGAGGGACGAGGACUUCUGUCCAUACUCGUGUGGGACUUGUGCGGAUGAAGACAUCUGGGUGCAGUAUGACAACAUCUCCUACCCUCUGGAACACACCUGCAGACAGUACAGGGAGUGUGGACCCGCAUGUCCCCUCACUUGCCAGAACUACGCCGCUCAGUCGGCCGAAGACUGCGCCGACAACAGGUGUUACGAGGGAUGUUUCUGCAAAGCUGGCUACAUCUGGGACCCCUACUCGGAGACAUGUGUGUUGCCUGAAGGGUGUCCCUGUGCGUAUAAGGCACCCGGAAACAGUGACCUCAAACUAGUCGGCAGAGGAUUCACUUUCUACUCCGACAAGUGCAGCAAAUGCACGUGUCAUGGCAUGGGCGAGAUCAGAUGUCGCAAUGACGACGACAACCCGGACUGUGGAUGUGACGCUGCAUUCGAGAUCCCCUGUCAGCAGACGAGAGGACAGCACAACCACACCAUCUGUGUGUCCAAUCUGUACGUGUGUGACGGCAACCAGGACUGCGAGUAUGGGGAGGACGAGGAGGCAUGUGAGAUAGAGUGUGAGCACAGGUGUGAUGAUUCGGACAUGUUCAGCGCGUGCUACACCUCGGACGACAUCUGUGAUGGAGAGUGUGACUGCAGGAAGAGGGGAGAGAACUACUGUCUGGAUGAGAUCAACUGCGAACACGAGUGCGACCCAAACACUCACUUCGUCUGUCCAAGCACCAAUCUCUGCAUUCCAGAACCAUGGGUGUGCGAUGGUGAGAUCGACUGUGAGGUGACGGCGGAGGAGUUGUCUGGGAUGACAGGGGUCGUCGUACCCUUCCUGCCGGAGGAUGGCUCCCCCUGGAAUGACGAGAUGAACUGCUACUGUGAAGACCCCUCCAUGUUCCAGUGCGAGAACAACCCCAGACACUGUCUCAACAUCACCAAGGUGUGUGAUGGACAUGACGACUGUGGCGACAUGUCUGAUGAGCCCCCCUUCGUGGACAGGAACCUCUACUCCAUGUGCAGAACUGUCCCGACUAGCACUGGCAGUACGACUGCAACCGAAGAUCGGAAGGGCGAGACAAAAGUGUACACCACAUCUGGUAAAUACAAAGUGACCCAAGUACACUUACUCCGAAUAGAACCCAGUUGCUCAGAUGCAAGGUUUUUUAAAUCUACGUGCGAUAUUUAUAUCAAAUAAUUUUAAAAUAAGAAUCUAUUAGUAUAAAAAUUGCUUAUUAAUAUAUUAACUAAUGGAGCGAUGUUUGGACAAAUGGUGGAUGGACAGAUACGGAUGGAGCGAUAAUUGGAUUUUGAAUUGCUAAGCAAGCGAUGUUUUCCCAGUGUCUUCACACGGGGAUUGAAAUUUCAUGGGUAAAAUCAUCAGCUGCCGUAGGAUAAAUGAACUUUGAAACAAUGAGUGGGCAAGUAUUUUUUCCCGAAAUUUUUCAUUGAAAAAACGCAAAUACUUCGCUGAAUUCAGUUUUAGAAGUAAUAUGAAGGCGAACUCCAAUUUCGACCUGUACGAGCUUUGCUAUAACAGAAGCAAAAACAAAAAACGGAAAGUUCUACCGAAAAAACUGCAUGAUGUGCAUGAAGAAGUUGAUCGAGGAUGGCAAUUGUUGAGGUUUUUGUUGAAAACAAAGCUUAAACUUUGAGGCUUAAGCAAAAUUCAUUGUAUUGGUCCAAGUCAACCAGUUUGUGCUUUGUUACUUUAUGUUGAUUAAUUGUAAAUUAUGUUUUGCAGUUUGACCACGUUGUCCCUAGUUCUUAUAACUGAUGGGUAAAUUCUGGAAAAUAACUACUUUGAAGCUGAAUUUUGAAAUCAUU